UUUGCUUCCGCCAACGACCGUCUUCACACUCAUCAUCCAUCACCCUCCCACCGCGACGCAAGAGACAGCACGAAUACCGGUAGCGACGUCGAUCAGUAGGACUGCGAUCUCAUCUAUACCAUUUGCAAACCGUCGGAGGGCAUCGGGAGACAUGGGUGCUGCUUUUGAUUCCGCGCCCGAGCGGCCAGAGAACAUCGAUACCAUCCUGAACGGUCUGGACCGAUACAAUCCCGAGACGACGAAUGUCUUUCAGGAAUAUGUCGCGAACCAGUGCGAGAACCAGACGUACGAUGCAUACGCGAACCUUGCAUUGCUGAAAUUAUAUCAAUUCAAUCCCCAUCUCACCCGCGAUGAGACCACCACCAACAUCCUCGUCAAAGCCCUCACCGUCUUCCCUUCACCCGACUACAGCCUCUGCCUUUCCCUCCUCCCUCCCCAUGUCCUCCUCCCUCAAUCUGCCCAACAGUCAGGCUCCCUCGCCGAAGCCGUCUCACAUCUCUCCACCCUGCACACGCACCUCAUCAACGCUGCCUACGCGGAGUUCUGGUCGACCCUCGACUCGGACGACCUCUACGCCGACCUCACCGCCGACGUGCAAGGAUUCGAGGACACCAUGCGCGUACGCAUCGCCGUGGUCGUCUCGCAAUGUAUGCAGGAGGUCGGCCGGGAUGUGCUCGAGGGCUGGCUGAACGUUGAUGGCGCCAAGUUCGAGACCUUUGUCAAGGACGUCUGCGGGUGGAAGAUUGAGGGCGACAGCGUCAAGGUCCCGCUGAACAAGGAGAAUGAGGCCCGGAAUGUCGUCCAACGGGAAGACGUCAAGUUUUCGCAAUUCGGUCGACUGCUCAAGCGGGCGUAUGAGCAGCCUGCUUGAAGCGGUGCCGGUUGUGAACUAGCGAACGCGGAUUGCCUGUAAGGCAGUCUUUUAUCACCGUUCCGUCCAAGCGGUUUCGAACCUUUCAUUUCUCAUGAGUGGGAUCACGGGUGUGGUCCCUUCUCAACCACCAAAACUAUAGAGAUGAGCAGCGCGGCGUUUUUUGGGAGGUAAAGUCGUCACGACGGGCAAAAUAUUGAUGAUACCACGAUCACACGGGUGAUCAAAGGGGGAAAAGUAAGCAUCGACUGGCGAGUUGGUCGCAUGACAGGGAAUGCCUCAAGCGAGGGAAGGAGAGGAAAGGUCACUGCAAGCCAAAGUGUGUCAUGGUUUAUUGGAGCGGUUGAAUGACGACGUGCACGUCGAGCUCCAUGAGGACCAGAUGAUCUAGACAACGAUCAGAGGGAUGUCGCGUCAGU